AUGAUCGCGGCUAUAAUUAAGACUAUAUUUCUCGCUAGUCUAACAGCCCGAAGCGAUUAUACCUAUGACACUAUUUCCCUGACCAUCUGGACGAAUACAGAGCAAUAUUUGAUCAUAAUAGCUGCCUGUAUACCUCCGCUUGGCCCGCUUCUGAAGAUUGUCAUGGGGAAAACCCCUACUGCGCAGCAGUCUAGUUCCAACAAAUAUGCAUCCAAACACUACUCAGGGGAGCAGCAAGUUAAGCACCCUGUGUUCAUACCGAAGGAUUCGUUGCUGUCUACUAACGAGUCAAGUUGUUAUCCCCUACGGGAGUAUAAGGCACGUUCACGGAUAUGGGGAGAUGGUAGUGAAGGCGUGGUGGACCUUGAUUUUCGUGAAGUUCGAGCAUCACAGCUUAGUGGCAUCAUGAAAACCACGGAGGUGCAUAUUGAAAGUAACAAGGAUCCAGUGGAAUAA